AUGUUGUGCAAAGCCGUGCGUCCUCUCGUCCGCGCUGCGGCUCCCCGUGUGCAGACCCGUACCUACGCUGUUCUCUCCGAGGACCACUCGGCCGUUACUUACAACCGCAAGGGUGACCAGGUUGCGGCCGCGCCAUCAAUCGUGAAGACUGUGACCCAGACGGCUUCUGGCAUUCGAAUCGCAACUGUUGACCACUUGGGACCUGUUUCUACUGUCGCUUUGGUCGUCAAAGCUGGAAGCAGAAAUGAGAGCCCCGAUGCUCCUGGAGUCGCCCACUUCUUUAAAAACAGCCUCGUCAGGAACGUCCCUGGAGACACUAUUACACGAACUGUCCGUGAGACCGAGCUUCGUGGAGAUACCCUCUACGCCGCGCACACUAGGGAGCAACUCAUUGUGGCGUCUGACUUCCUGAGGGACAACCUGGUGGACGCUGUGCCUCUCCUCUUCGAGAACUUCUUCAACACCCACCAUUACCCAUACGAAUUCCUCCACACCCGUCCCCAUGUGAUUGAGCAAGCCAGUGCGUCUCUUGCCGACCCUACGGUGAAGGUUUUCGACAGUUUGCAUCAAGCCGCUUUCCGUCACGGACUUGGCAACUCUCUCUUCGCCACCGCCCCUGCCGCCAAGGCUCUGAAACGCGCACACUUGCACGAGUUUGCCGCAAAGUACUUUACCGCAGAUCGCAUCGCCGUUGUCGGUAGUGGAGUUGCCCACAAGGAUUUGCAACCUCUUGUGGAGGAGGCCAUUACCCGUUUCCAGGACCGCUUCGGCAAAUCAUCCGUCUCUGUUCCCGUCUCCAAGUUCCGUGGUGGUGAGAUUCGCAUCGAAGCCGGCCCCAAGGCCGAAAGUCACUAUGCCGUUGCAUUCCCCGCGGUCGCUUUCUCCGACCCCUUGUACCCCGCCGCAUUAGUCUUGCGCGCUAUCUUGGAUGGUUCCAAACGCGCAAAGUGGGGUAACGCAUCGGGCUCCGCAGGCGCACUGGCUUCUGCUGCCACCGCUAAGACGAGCGUCACCGCUUUCGAAGCGGCGUACUCCGACGCUGGGUUGAUUGGAUUUUACGUACAGGGGUCGAACAGUGACGUGAAAGAUUCCGUUGGAAAGGCCAUCGCUGCCCUGAAGGAAACUGCUUCGAAGGUGUCUGAGGAGGCUUUGUCCCGUGGAAAAAAGAUCGCCAUUGUCGAUGCCGAGUCGGCGUUGUCUCGUGAUGUGGCCAUUCAGGAGAUUGCCAAGCAAGUGUUGGUCAAGGGCGACGUGGCGGUACCAGCUGACCUUGCUGCUGCCAUCAAGAAGGUUACUGCCGCUGACGUUCAAAAGGUUGCCAAGACCGCAACAGCAGCAAAGCCCGCCGUCGUUGCUUACGGAAAUCUCCUGAAGCUGCCAUUUGCGGACGAGCUUUCCAUCUGA